AUGGGCGGCCCCGGUGCCGCGGGAGAGUCCAAGCCCCUGAGGCGGCCGGACGUCCGGGCGUCUGUUGGUGGCCCCUCCGUGGGGACGGAGGCGGCCGCGUCCUCUGGGGUGGUGGCCGAGGGGGAGAGGGGGGUCGCGGGGGGAGGUGAGCGUCCAGGGGAGGCGCGGAAGUCCCAGCCCACCUGCGAGGCCAAAAGGCUUGGCCCGGAGGAGGCGACAGGGCAAGGCUUGGGCUGGACGGGGCGGCUGGCCUGGUGCGGGCGCCCUGGCCACGGGGCCAGGGAGAAGCCAUGGAGCUUGGGCCAAAAGGGGGUGCGUGCCGAAGCGCUGCCGAGGCCCCUGCCUGGCCACCGAGAGCCACCCGCCCGCCCUGCCAAUCCACCUGCCCCGCCGGCAGCGCCCUCAAAACGCCGUGCGCCUCCUCCCCUUCCACCGCCGCUCAACCUGGGGACCCGCUCCGGCCUCAGCACCUCAGCACGCCGGCCUCCCGCGCUCCGGGCUCCCGGCUGCCACCGGGCCUGGCCACCGGGGUCCUGGAGACGUGCAAAAGGUUGGCCAGCUGCGUUGGCCGGGAAUCGAACCCGGGUCAACUGCUUGGAAGGCAGCUAUGCUCACCACUAUACCACCAACGCUGCACAGCCCGGGCCGCCCCCAGACGCACGCCCAGGGUUCGGCCCCGGCGUCUGCACCCGCUCUGGUCACCGCCUCUGGUCACCGCCUCGGCGGCCCAGCGCGCCUCGGCCCUGCCCCGACGACCCGCCCAUCCACAGCGCCGCGCUGCCGCACGGGCCAGCAGCGGCCGCCCGCCGUCCCACCCGCGCCAGCCCCACGCGGCUGGGCGGCUCCGUGGGCCCGCCCGCCUGCCAGCCAACCGCCUCUGGGGGGCGCUGGCGCCGCCCGGCCGCUCCUGGUACCACCCCCCACCCCCCACCCCCCUUUUGCCGGCCGGGAAACCCCGUCCCCCGAGAUCCGCGUCCUUCCGACCACGUGCUCGCCCCCGGCGUUCUCCACAGGGUGCUGGGGGAGGCCACAUCCCGCGCCCACGGAGGACCCGACACAACCGAGGCCCCCCCCCCCCGCCGGACCGGGCAGCGUCGAAUCACCGGGGAGCCCGGGGCGGCCGGCCACUCGUCAGGCGCCCUGGGCACGACGGAAGGCCCUGGCUGGACUGUGGCGAGCCCGCAGGCGCGCGGCCCCGACGCCGAGGAACGCAAAAGGGUGGCGGUGGUGGACGGGGAGCAGGCGGGCGGCCGUCGUGGCCCUGGCGGCCUCUGGCCGCACGCUGGAGGAAGGAGGACAAGCGGGGAUACUCACCACUAUACUAACGAGGACGGCGGCGGCCAUCCGGCCGCCCGACCCCUCUGCGCCUGCCUGCCCACGCCUACCCCUGCCCUCGACGCCCCGCCUUCCAUCGGCGCCCGCCGCCUGCCGCACCGGACCCGACCCCAAACCAACGUCGCGGGGAUCGCGCGGGGAGAAGCCGCCCCACAGGACAAGCGAGGCUGCCACCAGGAGGACGGGCGCCCACGAAGGGCAGAGGCCGAGGAGGGCGAGGGGGAGGAGCGGGGGGUGGGGUGGGGCGGGGAGCUGCCAGAGAGGCGGGCCCGACGCCGCCCUCUGGGUGCGCGGUCGGGGCUGUGCGAGGGCGGAGGCGCCAGGCGAGUCGGCGGGCUGUGCUCCCGCUCGGCGGCGGCGCGCGUCCCCUGGCUGGCGCACACACGCCGCCGCCAGCCUGCGGCAGCCUUGGCGCAGCCUUGGUUCGAUUCCCGGCCAACGCAGCUGGCCAACCUUUUGCACGUCUCCAGGACCCCGGUGGCCAGGCCCGGUGGCAGCCGGGAGCCCGGAGCGCGGGAGGCCGGCGUGCUGAGGUGCUGCGGCCGGAGCGGGUCCCCAGGGAAGCCUUUCUUCUUCCUCUCGGCCUACCCACCUCGGCAGCGCUUCGGCACGCACCCCCUUUUGGCCCAAGCUCCAUGGCUUCUCCCUGGCCCCGUGGCCAGGGCGCCCGCACCAGGCCAGCCGCCCCGUCCAGCCCAAGCCUUGCCCUGUCGCCUCCUCCGGGCCAAGCCUUUUGGCCUCGCAGAGGACGCGGCCGCCUCCGUCCCCACGGAGGGGCCACCAACAGACGCCCGGACGUCCGGCCGCCUCAGGGGCUUGGACUCUCCCGCGGCACCGGGGCCGCCCAUGACGAGCGACCCCUUGCUGCUGCAUCCUGAGCCACCGCUGGGCCGGCUUCCCCACCACCGGCCACCCCCGGGGCUGGCGGCGUCUCCCCGGCGCCGGCGGUGGUGGGUCACCUGGGUGGCGGGCUCCAGCGGGGAUGGGAGACGAGAGGCGCACCGCAGCGCCCGGCACGUGGAGUGGGCAAAGCGAAUGAGGGCGCAUCCUGGGAGCCCGACCCCCGGGCAGUGGAGGUUGGAGAGCGGGGAGGUGCAGAAGGCCGCCGGGGAGAACCCAACAGCCCAGCCGCCGCGAGAAGGUGGAGGCCCACCGGACACUCGCAGGCUCCGUCAGAGCACAGUCUCCUUCCCGCCAGCACCCGCACCCACCCCGUCCGCCGAGGGUUUGCUGUCUGCUCGGGGAGGGUCUCCCUACAGAGCCCCAGCGGACAGUCCGUGUGCCGGCCCCAACUGCCGCAGCCGCCCACCCCCGCAGGACCGGGCCCAGCGCCUUGCCCGGCACGUGUGCACACCUGUGCGGGAGGAUGACACGGGAGGGACGGGAGGGCACAGAGGCGGAGUGCGCCUGAGGAUCGGGCGGGAGGCGGAGACCUUCGGCCGGCCUUGA